UUGAACAAGCAAGAAGAAACCCUGCUCCAGCAGCGCCUCCAGAAGCGUCAGAUGAAGGAGUUCCUGACCAUCUACAGCAACUUGGUUGACUCCUGCUUUUCUUCGUGCGUCGACGACUUCACAUCCAAGACCCUCGCCUCCCGGGAGUCAGGCUGCAUCUCCCGCUGCAUCCAGAAACAGAUGGCCGCGCAACAACGCGUGGGAGAGCGUUUCCAGGAACUCAAUGCCGAGAUGACUGCCAAGAUGCAGAGUCAGUAA